GACUUGGUUCCCCUCCCCUCUCUGCUGGCAGAGGCACAAGGGUCCCUAGAAGAUGGGCGACUGGGGUUUCCUGGAGAAACUGCUGGACCAAGUCCAGGAGCACUCGACUGUGAUCGGGAAGAUCUGGCUCACCGUGCUCUUCAUCUUCCGCAUCCUCAUCCUGGGCUUAGCCGGGGAGUCUGUGUGGGGGGACGAGCAGUCAGACUUCGUGUGCAACACCAAGCAGCCGGGCUGCACCAACGUCUGCUAUGAUAAAGCCUUCCCCAUCUCCCACAUCCGCUACUGGGUGCUCCAGUUCCUCUUUGUCAGCACCCCAACCCUGAUUUACCUCGGCCACGUUGUCUACCUCUCCCGGAAGGAGGAGAAGCUGAAGCAACAGGAGAGCGAGCUUCGGGCUGUCCACAGCAAGGACCCAAAGAUCGAGCAGGCUCUGGCAGCCGUGGAGAAGGAGAUGUCCAAGAUCUACGUGACGGAGGACGGGCGGCUCAAGAUCCGAGGGGCGCUGAUGUGGACGUACAUCAUCAGUGUGAUCUGCAAGAGCAUCUUUGAGGCUGGCUUCCUUGUUGGCCAGUGGUACCUGUACGGCUUCUCCAUGGUGCCCCGCUACGUGUGCAAGAGGGACCCCUGCCCCCAUCAGGUGGACUGCUUCAUCUCCCGCCCUACCGAAAAGAGCAUCUUCAUCAUCUUCAUGCUAGUGAUGGGCCUGAUCUCCUUAAUCCUGAACCUCCUGGAGCUCUUCCACCUCUGCUGCAAGAACCUGCUUAGCAACAUCAAGAAGGUGUCGGGGCCGGCUGGCCCGAGCCGGGACGCCUUUGCCAACGGCAUGGUCUCGGGUGCCUACCCCCCCAAGCACUACCCCUUCUUGCCCAUGGACGAAAGCCACACGCCGCCCUACCAGGCCUACAACAAGCUCUCCAGCGAGCAGAACUGGGCCAACUUCCACAACGAGGAGAACCUGGCGCUGAGCAGCGGCAGCAGGCCCCUGUCAGACCCCUAUGCCCCCAGAGCUCCCGAAGCCCCCACCCCGGAGGAGAAGCUGUGCAGCCGGCCCGGGAGUUCAGCCUCCAAAAAG